AUGAGUGGAUUCCUCUCGUACCUGGACCCUCGCCGGGUUCACUGGGGCGCUACGUGGAUGGCAUUGCACUCGCGGAUUCUUCGCACCAAGCCCGUGGAAUCUAUGCUCGAAGACUCCAACCAGCAAGGAUCGGGUCACUCUAAACUGGCCCAGGUACUCACCACAGUCGAUCUGGUGUCUCUCGGAGUUGGCAGCUGUGUGGGGACUGGCAUGUAUGUGGUAUCGGGACUGGUGGCCAAGGAGAUGGCAGGACCCGGUGUGAUUGUGUCGUUUAUCAUCGCAGCGGUGGCCUCCAUCUUAUCAGGUGUGUGCUACGCUGAGUUUGGAGUGCGAGUACCUAAAACUACCGGCUCAGCCUACACCUACAGUUACGUGACGGUGGGGGAGUUUGUGGCAUUCUUCAUUGGGUGGAACCUGAUUUUGGAGUAUCUGAUUGGAACAGCCGCUGGUGCCAGUGCUCUGAGCAGUAUGUUUGAUUCAUUGGCCAACCACACCAUGAGCCAUUGGAUAGUGGACUAUGUUGGCACUUUAAAUGGACUAGGGAAAGGGGAAGAGUCCUAUCCUGACCUCCUGGCACUGUUCAUCGCUGUUAUUGUGACAGCCAUCGUUUCCUUGGGGGUGAAAAAUUCUGUGGGGUUCAACAACGUGCUGAACAUCAUCAACUUGGCUGCCUGGGUUUUCAUCAUGUUUUCGGGCCUCUUCUUUAUCAAUAGCUCCAACUGGGAUGAAGGGAGGUUUCUACCUUUCGGAUGGUCUGGGGUGCUCCAGGGUGCUGCAACAUGUUUCUAUGCAUUCAUUGGCUUUGACAUAAUCGCCACAACUGGAGAGGAAGCAAAGAGUCCAAACACUUCCAUCCCGUAUGCUAUCACUGCUUCCCUGGUGAUCUGCCUGACUGCAUAUGUGUCUGUCAGCAUUAUCCUGACACUGAUGGUGCCUUACUAUGCCAUCGACACGGAGUCUCCACUUAUGGAGAUGUUUGUACUGCACGGAUUCCAUGCAGCUAAGUACAUUGUUGCUAUUGGUUCAGUGGCGGGACUGACGGUCAGUCUGCUUGGCUCCCUCUUCCCGAUGCCAAGGGUGAUUUACGCCAUGGCCGAUGAUGGUUUACUCUUCAGGUUUUUUGCCCAUGUCAGUAACUACACGGAGACCCCGGUUGUGGCCUGCAUUGUUUCAGGAUUCCUGGCAGGUCUUCUUGCCCUCCUGGUCAGCUUACGGGACCUUAUUGAAAUGAUGUCCAUCGGAACUCUCCUGGCCUACACUCUGGUGUCAGUGUGUGUCCUGCUUCUGCGCUACCAGCCUGAGAGUGAUAUUGAUGGCUUCGUAAAGUUCUUAUCAGAGGAAGGCACGAAGAAGAAGGAAGGAGUACUGGCUGAGUGUGAGAAGGAGGCCAUUUCCCCUAUGAGUGAGGGGGAAGAUUACACAGGCCUUGGGAAGAACACAUGCGGAGCUAAGAACCUGCCAUCUUUGGGAGACAAUGAGAUGCUGAUUGGGAAACCAGACAAGUCCAGUUAUAGCAUGAACCAUCCCAACUAUGGUACUGUGGAUAUGAGCACCGGAAUAGAGGCAGAUGAGUCUGAGAACAUCUACUUAAUAAAGCUUAAGAAGCUGAUUGGACCUCGUUACUACACAUUGAGGAUUCGGCUUGGCCUGCCUGGCAAAAUGGAUCGUCCCACAACCAUCACUGGACGCACAGUCACCACCUGCGUGAUGCUGCUCUUUGUCUUGAUGUUUGUCUUCUGCUCCUUCGCUAUUUUUGGGGAGGAGUAUGUCUAUGAUCGGAGCUGGUGGGCCAUCCUCCUGAUGAUCCUGAUGGCACUGCUGAUCUGCUCUCUGGUCUUUGUGAUCCUACAGCAGCCUGAGAACCCCAAGAAGUUGCCGUACAUGGCGCCCUGCGUCCCCUUUGUGCCUGCGUUUGCCAUGUUGGUAAAUAUGUACCUCAUGUUGAAGCUCUCCAGUAUAACUUGGAUACGCUUUGCAGUCUGGUGUUUUGUAGGUUUACUCAUUUACUUUGGAUACGGGAUUUGGAAUAGCAGCCUAGAAAUUGGAGCGCGGCAAGAAGCCCUGAGCCAGAGCACAUACCAGCGCUACGAUGUGGAUGACAGCUUUAUGGUGGACGAGAGCUUUGCUUACCCUGAGGAGGAGGGCAGCCAACGCCGGGAGGAAUGGCCGCCAGCAGAACAGACCGGGUACCAGUCCCAGCAGGCAAUGCCUGACAUUGUGGGCAAUCACAGGACCUACAAUAGCAAAGCCAGAAGCAAAGGGAAGUAUGUUGGGAAAUCCGAGGCACUGAUUGCAAAUGAUGAGCUAGCUUAUUCCCCAGAGUAA